AUGGCCACCCUCAGACCCCUCACAAAGCCCAAGAUAAUUAAAAAGAGGACUAGGAAGUUCAUCUGGUACCAGUCAGACCUAUAUGUCAAAAUUAAACGUAAUUGGUGGAAACACAGAGGCAUUGACAAUAGGGUGCACAGAAGAUACAAGGGCCAGAUCUUGAUGCCCAACACUGGUUACAAGAGCAUCAGGAAAACAAAGCAUGUGCUGCCCAGUGGCUUCUGGAAGUUCCAAGUCCACAAAGUCAAGGAACUCGAAGUCCUCCUGUUGUGCAACAAAUCUUACUGUCCAGAGAUUGCUCAUAAUGUCUCCUCCAAGAACCACAAAGCCAUUGUGGAAAGAGAAGCCCAGCUGGCCAUCAGAGUCACCAAUCCCAAUGCCAGGCUCCACAGUGAAGAUAAUGAACAGACAGACAGUUGUGUUCACAUUGUGUUUGUAUUAACAAAACCAUAA